AUGCGCUCCUUGUCACUCUUUGUAGGGAACCUCAGCUGGUUGUUACUUUUCAGCUUUGAUGGCCUCCUUCCCAAAUUGCGAAGCAAACUUGCUGCACCUUGCUGCCAGCUGAGGUUGCCGUUUCUCUGCCCGAAGGAGUUUGCAGAGCAGCAUCCAACGCCUCCGAGCUGUUCGCAAGUUCCGGAUCGCUGCUGCAUGCAGUCGAGCUGCAUUAUGUUCGGCCCAUACUUUCUACCGGGAGUCGGUGAGUGUCGGGCUGACCGCGGCAAAACCACCUGUGCGGACUUGUCGACGCCGUUCGGUGGCACAGGAGUCUGCCAAUGCGUUGAGGGCGUUUGUGCAAGCAACGGCGUUUGCAUGGGCGGAGGCAGCUUCCUUGGGAUGCAUCUUCCAUUCUCAUCGCGGCUAUACAAGGAUGGCGAUCAUCUUUCAGUGCCUGCAGAGGACUCUGGUUUGCCAGCUGGUUUCUCCAAGUCUGGAUCAUGCUGGAGUUUCUCAAAUGACCACCGUAACAUAAUUCCUAAAACGGAGCCCCACAAUCCUUUCUUGUCAUCCCUAUGUAUCCCUGGGGUUUUAGGGGCCCCCCAUUUUGGGAAACUCUCAUGUCAGGAUAGAUUGCACUGA